AUGCUGCAGCAGAUCCUGCAUGACAUGUACAUCGACCCCGAACUCCUUGCCGAGCUCAGUGACGUGCAGAAGCACAUUCUUUUCUACAAAAUGCGGGAGGAGCAGCUGAGGCGCUGGAGGGAGCGUGAGGCUUGGGAGGCCCUGGCCCAGGCAGAGGGCCUCAGGCCCCCGAAAGUCAAGCGAGGUAUGUGGCUGGGAGCAGCAAGCGACAAGCACAUCCAGUGGCUCCUGGGGGCAGAUGGUGACGUCUGGGUCUGGAUCAUGGGAGAAGGUCCUGGGGACAAGUCCUACGAAGAGAUCUCCGAGGAGCUGAUUGCAGAGAGGGCGAGGCUGCAGGCCCAGAGGGAGGCAGAGGAGCUCUGGAGACAGAAAGAGGCAGAAAUCACCAAGAAGUUUCGGGAUGCUCUGGCCAAUGAGAAAGCCCGGAUCCUGGCGGAGAAGUGGAAAGUGGAGAUGGAGGACCGGAAGGCUGCCAAAGUCCUGGAGGAACGCAUCCGUGAAGAGUUCAAGAGGAAAGAGGAAGAGGAGAGGAAGCGAGGAGAGGAACAGAUUCGCCUCCAGGAAGAGCAGAGGGCGAAGGAGCUCUACUGGACCCUGAAGCAGGCCCAGCUGCAGAGCCGCGCCAGCGAGAAGGAGGAGCGCGAGUGGAAGAAACAGCUGCGCAGGUCCAAGGCCGCGGACGAGGAGAGGAGCCGCCGAGCUCAGCGCGCCAGGGACGAGUACCGGCGCCACUCACUCCGUGCCAUCCAGAAGGGCAUGGUCGCCGGCCUCAGCUCCAUGUUCCGAGAGCUCGGCCAGAGCCAGGAGCAGGAGGCCAGACUCUACCACCACCUGCCAGGCCCCGGGCCUCCGCCUCCCCUUGCCAUACCUGUCAGGACCUGGGAGCGCCCACUGAGACCUGUCUCCAGAGAAGUCAUAGUCCGCUGGUUUAAGGAGGAGCAGCUGCCUCGCCGAGCUGGCUUUGAGAGGAACACCAAAUCCAUCGCCCCCUGGUUCCACGGAGGAAAUUAUCACUGUUUCAGGGGGAGAGCUGCUGCAGGAACCCUGUGGACAGAGGGACAGCCCACCAGACUACCAUCUGUUGUUUGAGUGAUUUUUUUUCCCCCUACCCAAUUGGAUUUCUUUGGGUACCCAUUUUUUGAACUCAACUUAAGAACUUCCUGGCUCAAAUCCUUAUGGCCUUCCGGAAGAUCCACCACCACCAGCCAGAGGAUUAAGUAGAUUAGUAUGUCUCAAAGGAAAUGAAAUAUACAUGCUAUUGGUCCCCAUCCGUGUGCCGAGGACAGAAAUUGCUAUUAGCUGAUGCAGCUCUUUCAAGAAGAGUUUAGUUAUGACCUCAGAGAAUGAAGCCUAUUUGCCAUGGCCACCCUAAGCUGAGCCCCCAGAGCACAUGGGUCAUGUUUUAAUAAUCCAAAAUAAUUCCAGUGCCGAACUCUGAAUGU